AUGGUGACGAGCUGGGGUAUGGCCGUCAAUGUGUACUCCACAUCCGUGACCAGUGAGAAUCUGAGUCGCCAUGAUAUGCUUGCGUGGGUCAAUGACUCCCUGCACCUCAACUAUACCAAGAUAGAACAGCUCUGUUCAGGGGCAGCCUACUGCCAGUUCAUGGACAUGCUCUUCCCGGGCUGCGUGCACUUGAGGAAGGUGAAGUUCCAGGCCAAGCUAGAGCACGAGUACAUCCAAAACUUCAAGGUGCUGCAAGCAGCUUUUAAGAAGAUGGGUGUUGACAAAAUAAUUCCUGUAGAGAAAUUAGUGAAAGGAAAAUUCCAAGAUAAUUUUGAGUUUAUUCAGUGGUUUAAGAAAUUCUUUGACGCAAACUAUGAUGGAAAGGAAUACAACCCUCUGCUGGCGCGGCAGGGCCAGGACGUAGCACCACCUCCUAACCCAGGUGAUCAGAUCUUCAACAAAUCCAAGAAACUCAUUGGCACAGCAGUUCCACAGAGGACGUCCCCCACAGGCCCCAAAAACAUGCAGACCUCUGGCCGGCUGAGCAACGUGGCCCCACCCUGCAUCCUCCGGAAGAACCCCCCGUCGGCCCGAAACGGUGGCCAUGAGACUGAUGCCCAAAUCCUUGAACUCAACCAGCAGCUGUUGGAUUUGAAGCUGACAGUGGACGGGCUGGAGAAGGAGCGUGACUUCUACUUCAGCAAACUCCGAGACAUCGAGCUCAUCUGCCAGGAACACGAAAGCGAGAACAGCCCUGUCAUCUCGGGCAUCAUCGGCAUUCUCUAUGCCACCGAGGAAGGCUUUGCACCUCCUGAGGACGACGAGAUUGAGGAACACCAACAAGAAGACCAGGACGAGUACUGA